AUGCCGCAAUGGCCGCUGCUCCGAGCGCUGCGAGGCGGUCGUGACACCCGCUCGCUUUCGCUAACCGCGCGACAUCUGCACCACCUGCCCUGGGGCUUAGCCAAAAUGAAGGCGCUGGAAUGCCUGAACUUGCGGGACAACAGGUUGUGUCGGCUGCGCCCGGAUAUGGAGGCUCUGAGCCGGUUGAAGGUACUAAAUUUGGGAAACAACAUGUUUGAGGACGUUCCAGAGCAGCUGACAUGCCUCAAAUCUCUACAGAAGCUUUAUUUGUUUGGAAACAACAUAACCAGAAUGUCACCCUUAGUAUGUGGUGGACUGCAGAAUUUAGUGCUUCUAAAUCUGAACAACAAUCAGCUUAGCUAUCUUCCUCCAGAGAUACACAGGCUUGAAAAUCUUGAGUGCCUGAGUUUAAACAAUAACCAACUGCAAAGUAUCCCCAGAGAGCUAUGCUGUCUCCGAAAGCUGCGUGAGCUCCAUUUGACCCACAAUUCUCUCACAGCACUCCCUGAAGAGAUUGGACACCUGACAAAACUCAAAAUCUUGAGCUUGUCAAGAAAUCAAAUAGAAGAGCUCCCUGAAGGACUUUGCAAAAUGGCGAGUCUUCGAGUUCUUGAUCUAGCAGGAAACAACAUUCAGAUUUUCCCAACAGCAAUGCAGGAUCUUGAGCUGGUGGAACUUUACUGUGAAGGUAAUCCAUUGCUUCGGAAGCAUCCAGUUUGUGCCAUACAAGAAGAGGACGUUUUAACUCUUAAGGAAAUAACAGCAAGAUUUAUUCUCGCUCAACUGAAAAGCAGCAACCUUUCUUUACGCAGAGCAAUGAAGCAGAACACAGAAGCAAAGGAAAUACUUUCUCAGCAACGAGAAUGUGCCCAGUGUGGAUAUGGUUUUCUGAAUAUGUGGCUAGAAUGCGUACAGUUUGUAGAUGUAAAACAGCAAAUGAAGACCAGCAGAAACUUGCACCUCUUACCUGUCAGGAUACUGCUGUGCUCUUACAAAUGCUUUAACCAGCAUGACGACGGGCUCUUCGGAAUAGCCGUGCCUUAG